UGCAAUUCUCGUCACAGAGCUCUUUGAGAUAGCAGGCACAACGCCAGGGAAUUCGCACUAUGGCAGUGGCACAUGGUAGGUUGAGGAAGAUUGAUUGUGACUCUGUGAGACGCCGUGUGAAGAAGUUUCCAAUUUUUAGUCUUUACAAUCAGCCAUAAAAUAUACUGAAACAAGUUGGAAUGUUUGUUUGUGUUUAUAUGGCGGACUCUUUGGAUCUUGGGUUAUUUGGUUGGGUGCCAACCGUGGUUUAGCGGCUGCGGAAUUCGUGAGUUGAUACAAGUGGUGUGUUGUGUAUCAUGACGCCGUGCACAUAUGCUGGCCUACAUAACAUUUCGCGCGAACUAACUGAGUCAAAAUCAUAAACAAUUGCGAUUAAAGUCAUAAGCGUAACACCCUGGCUCUCGUAAGCGAAAGUGAUUGCACCACGAUUUGAAAGUUAAAACGACCCUAGUUAUAUGCUUACAGAAGUAGUAGUCACACAAUUGAGUGUUUUAGUUCAAAACAUCACAAGAUCGUCUAGAUUUAUUUUAGCAAUAUAAAGGGGACUUUAAUAUAUACCAAUGUUCAUGAUGAACAUAGAUCAUAUACAUGAUAUGGUUGAUGUUGACAGUGAUAGUGAAGGUGAAGUUGUUGAUGACAUUGCUGCAUUAAUUGAUCACUUGCAAAACCACAAACCUAAAACUACUGUCAACUCCCUACGUCAGUCCGUUAUCAACUUCAUUGCGAAAAAUAUAAAUUAUUGGGCAGAUUGUAUGCCGUCUGAUUGUGGAAGAUAUCUUUAUAUUCUAAGUCCAUUUGAUUGUCUUAGAACUGCAGACGUUUUGGCAAUCACAAACCAACUUGUGGACUUUCGACUCUUUCAGAGUCAACAUAUUCAUUUAUUGUUUAUCAGUGGGUUAAAGAAAAUAGAUUUUUCAAUGAUGAUAAACCAUUCUAUAAAUGAUAACGUCUUGAGAACAUUGUUUAAUCGUUGCAAGGAAAUAAAAGACUUGGCAAUUUCACCCAAAACAAAAAUCUCUCUACCAUUGUUAAACGAAGUGCCCAUUCAAUACCCUUCACUGGAACAUUUAAAUGUAAACCGAGAUGUUUGUCCUUUUGAAUUUAUUUCCAGGAUUGCAUCACAUUGUAAAAUGCUUAAAUCACUACAUUUACAUUUCUGUAUAAACAUCAAGAACAGCAUACUUGAAGAAAUGAAAUCUUGCAUCCACUUGCAGCGCCUAACCCUAGCCCAUGCUGAGCAGCUGACAUGUCAAACAUUACAGCUAAUCUUGUCUUCGCUGAACAAGUUAAAUUAUCUUUCAUUGGUCGGCUGCAAGGUCAACUUUGGCACACUAAACAGAAAGAUUGAACACCCUUCCAUUAGAGUAUUGAACCUUUCUUGGACUGAACUCUCUGAUCAAGGACUUGUUUCCAUUGUAACCUGCAUGAAAAACAUUGCUGAUCUGGAUGUUUCUAAUUGUAAGCGCUUGACAACCGAAUCAUUUAAAUAUAUUGGUCGUUUACAAAGCUUGCUUAAACUUAAAUGUGCAUACUUAUCCAAUUCCUACGUUUUUGAUACGAAUGUUGAAUUUUGCCUGAUCAAGAUAGGUCUUCAUCUGAUUGAGCUUGAUUUGUCAGGUAUGCCUAAUGUCCACACAAGCACUGUGGCUCAGUGCUGUCCUAAUUUACAUGAACUUUUUCUCAAUCAUUGUUUACAUCCGGUCAUUGAGUGGACUCCUGCAAGUAUCAUUUUUACCAGUGCUGGUAAAACGAAUUACCAUUGGUUAUCCAGCUACAAAGAAUAUUUCUCCAUGUUAGAAAUAUGUCAUAGCUUACAGAAGCUCUCCAUGUCUUGCAUGCAUGUUAGUAGUUCGAAUAUGCCGAUGUUGUUUUCCAGUGAGAACAGUUUAAGAAAGAUGAGGUUUUUACCAUGGAGUUUGGAAAGUACUGAUCCAAUAACUGAGAGAUUCUUUUUAGAUUUUAUCACAAAUUUUCGUUUCGAUUUCUUGGAAGAGUUGAAUUUGUCGCAUAGCGAUGCAGUUUCAUUUAAAGUCGUUUUGGCUGCUCUUAAGUUGUACCCAAAAUUAAAAGAAUUGUCUGUUGUUAACUGUGAUUUGGUGGAGCAAGAAAUUUUACUGUUAAAGGAAAUAAAAAAGAAAUCAGGAAUCAAUGUUGUUAUUCAAGUUUCUGGUGCCAACAAGAAUGUUGUGCGUGUUUUAUAAUUUUCAGUCAUUGUUGUUCAAAUUGUUUUUUCUUGUGUAAGAAAUAGAUAGGGUUCUGUAUUUACAUUUUGUAAAGAAUUUUUUAGUAUUACUUGAACAUUUUGUAGAUAUUCCUCCAAUAGUCCGUAUUCGAUGGUUUGGUUCUAGUUACAGAAUUAAGUCUUGUUAACUGUUUAUACAGUAAUUUUAUAAUCUUUUUCUAAUACUAAAUUUAUUUUAAUUGUACAUUUAAAAGUCCACACAUAGAGGAAUAGUUCAGAUUAAAAACGUAAAAGCGGUUACAAAAGAUGGUUGCAGAAGUUGGUAACGACAAGAUGUUGCGCGUUCUUCAUGAUUUUUUUACUAAAGAAAAAGUAGAUAAAGUAUUUAACUAUUGCGUACUGUUUCCACCUAUAUAUACAUUUUUUUAAAUGAAUUGAAUGUAAAAUUAUAUAUUUUUAUAAUGUAUGUAUAAAUUAUUUUUAUAG